AUGGGCAAGGUGUUAGUAGCAAUUAACCCGCGCAACUUAGCGCUAACAUCGGACCUUCAGCCCAAAGUGGCACCGUAUAUGUACACCAUUAAUUGGUGGUUUCUAGAAAACGGGGGAAGAUUGCACCCGAAGAUAGUAGCUACGUACGGCGCCGUCCACUCGGCGUCGCAACAGGCGCUAACUACCAACAUCAAAUCAGUGGCCUACCAUCCGCAGUUCAGCGAGAAGACAUUCUUCAACGACAUCGCCAUCUUGAAGACGGCCGAAGAGAUCCAACUGAGCGCGGUGGUCCGACCGAUCUGCAUCAACCUGGACCCAGCCGACUGGACGGGGAAAGAGGUCACCGUGGCCGGAUGGGGCAUACAAAAACCAGGGCGCAAGACACGAGUGUGGACCCUGUUUUAUGCAGAGAUGAAGCCCUCCGAGAAGCUCCGCUACACGAAGUUGACGGUGCUAUCCCAAGCAGAGUGCAAAACGAAGUUGAAGCUCUACAACUUUGACGAAAACACCAUGAUCUGUGCCUUCCAGGAGGACACGGACGCUUGCAAGGGCGAUUCGGGCUCCGGAUUGACGCACAGCAAUGGCCGCCAGGUCACCCAGAUUGCGAUAGUGUCGCACGGCGUGGGAUGUGCCGAGGGACUUCCGGGAGUUUACACUUCCGUACACAAGUUCAAGGAGUGGAUACGGUCGACCGUCGAGGGGGACAAGGGCUUCAAAGAUUUGUCAAACUAA